AUGGCACCCCAGAUUCCCAUCAAAGAGCGAGAAAUCCGCUCUCCGUCAUGUCAACUCAAUAUCCUCAUUGUCGGCGCAGGCCUUGCAGGUCUCGGGUCUGCGAUCAGUUGUGCGCUCGCUGGGCAUCAAGUCCAGAUCCUCGAGGCAACACGGGAAAUCAAAGAGGUCGGUGCAGGUAUCCAGAUCCUGCCCAACAGCUCGCGUGUACUUCAGCAUUGGGGUCUCGCAAAGGCCUUGACACCACACAUGACCAUCCCUCGGGUUUGCAAUUUCCUUGGAUGGAAGGGAAAUCCUAUUUCGUCGUUGGACUUUCACGCAUCGGAGAGUGACUAUCCUGGCACUUGGUAUCGUGACUUCCAUCGCGCGGACUUGCAACAAUGUUUGGUUGAGAGGGCGCUCGAGUUGGGAGUUAAUAUCAUCUGCAAUGCGCGUGUGGCGGAUGUCACUGUGAGCAAAGAUGGUACCACAGCUACUGCUACUGCAGUGGAUGGGAGACUAUGGACUGGAGAUCUUGUUGUUGGAGCUGAUGGGGUGUUUGGAAAAUUGACGGAGGGAUUGCUGGGUCGAGUCGACCCACCGGUCAAGACUGGCGAUCUCGCAUACCGUUUGCUGUUAUCGACAGAGGAAAUGAAGAAGGAUCCUGAUCUUGCAGAAAUGGUAACAGAUCCCCAGGUCAACUACUGGCUGGGUCCGGAUGCUCAUGCAGUGAACUAUGUGCUUCGUGGCGGGGAGUUAUUCAAUAUGGUGCUUUUGGUCCCAGACGAUAUUCCAGAAGAGUCUUUGGCAUCAACGAUCGAAGGGAAUGUGGAAGAGAUGUGCGCGUUGUUCAAAGACUGGGACCCUCGGAUCCCCAAACUCUUGAAGCUCUGCGAGUCAGUCCAGAAAUGGCGUCUUUGCAUUCGCUUUGGAGAUUUUGACUGGAUUCAUCCCUCGGGCGCGUUUGUAAUGUUGGGCGAUGCAGUCCACGCUACAUUGCCAUAUUUGGCCUCUGGUGCGGGAAUGUCCUUUGAGGAUGGAGCAGUUCUAGGCGAAUGCCUCUCCAGACUCCCGAGCCGCCCCAGCAUCUCCAAAAGCUCGGCCGAGUUCCUGGCAGCCAAGCAACAUGCCCUUACCGUCUUCCAGGAAUGUCGUAAGCAACGAACAAAGAUGAUUGUCGAGCGAGGAAAUAUCCAGCAAUAUCUCUACCACCUCCAUGAUGGUGCCGAGCAGCAGGAACGAGAUCGAAAGAUGCAGAUGGUCCCUACGCCCGAGGGAGAAGCGUUGGCUUGGCGGGACCCAGGUUUAGCACCCAAAUUGUUGGGAUAUAAUCAUAUCACAGACGUCAAUCGUCGGUGGGGUAAAUCAAUUAGAACUAGCGUUGUUGAGUCGAGACUGUAA